AGAUCUUGUAUCCAAAAAGCCCCAGUUGGACUUUGCCCACUGGGCAGAGAGACACUUCCCCAGGAGCCUGGCAGAGUGUGUCAGUGCUGUCCAGCUGUCAGCAGGAAGAUGAGCUCCACCAAGGUAUUAGUUUUCGUGUGUGUGACGGGGUUGUGUGUAACCAGGUUGGUUGGAGCCAACCCAUUUGAACUGAUGCCCCGUCAGACAGCAGCCAAGCAGCAGGGGGCCGCUGUUCUUUUUUACGUUGCCUACCAGGGCAGUCUGAGAGAUAUCCAGAUCGACCCAAUCAUCUUCAACCAGGUGGUGGUGAACCAGGGCUCGGCCUACGACAAUGACACCGGUGUUUUCACGGCGCCAGUCUCUGGCAUCUACCAGUUUGUGUUUGCCGCCCAGCUCUGCCGCGGAGACCACAACAACGUAUGGUACUUCAUGAUCAACGGGAACCGGAGGACGGCCUGCCAUGCUCAGGUGUCUGGUGGGGACACAACCCUCAACACAUGCUACUGCUUGGAAGAACUGAAGAAGGGUGACCAGGUGUGGGUGAGACAGAUUGUGGGGAGUUGCGCCUGGGCUAGCACUACCUCCAAAACCAUCACCUUCUCAGGUGUCCUGCUGUCGAGUGAGGGGGUGUCCACACUGGGAGGGAAGUAUGACUCUGGGAGCUCCUGUCCCCUGCCCAGCCUGGGCAGGGUCAUGGUGUCCAGCUCUAUAGACCCGAGGGCAUCUUUGUCUUGUGUGGCCGUCACUCUGCUGCUCUGCUGUCUCCUCCUGGAUUAGUCCCAGCCAAGUUAAAGACACCUAUCUUAGACAACCAGGGCUAGGGGGAACUCACUCAAAUCAAUGCUACCUGAUGAAGUCCAAGAUUUACUCUCUUUCUGUCUUUGUUUAGGUUUUCAUGACGGUUCAAAUAAUAGUUCCGGUGUCCCUCCCUUUCUGCUUUCUUUGUGUUAACU